AUGUCCACGCCGCUCGAGCUCUCGUUUGUGACGCUGGACGUCUUCACGACCAAGCGCUUCGCGGGCAACCCGCUCGCGGUGGUGCAUGUGCCCAGAGGCGUGACGGUGGCGCAGGAGACGAAGCAGACGGUGGCGCGCGAGUUCAACUUUUCCGAGACGGUGUUUCUGCACGAGGCGACGGGCGACGGCGGCCGCGACUACCCCGUCGACAUUUUCACAAUCGACCAGGAGCUGCCGUUUGCGGGGCAUCCGACGAUUGGCACCGCGAGCCACGUCCUGAGCAAGACGGCCGCCACAGACGCGCCGGCCACCCUCCUCGUCAAGGCCGGCCGCAUUCCCAUUGAGCGCGUCGGCCCCGCCGGCCCCGCCGACCCGCUGGUGGUCCGCGCCGCCGUGCCCCACGACGUCCACAUCCACGCCGGCCACCUCCGCACGACGCCCGGCAUCGACGCCGUCCGCGACGCGGGCGCCAUUGGCCACGGCGACCCAGCCAUCGAGGCGGCCGAGCUCGACGCGCCCGUCGUGUCGAUUGUGCGCGGCAUGACGUUUGUGCUCGUGCGGCUGGCGUCGCUCGCGCAGCUGGGCGUCGUCAGCACGAGCAGCCCGGGGCUCGACUUUGGCCGGCUGCCGGAGCUGCUGGACAAGGGGCCCUGGGGGCCCGAAGCGGGCGGGCACGUGAGCCGGUACUACUACGUGGUGACGGACGCGUCCGAGGAGAGCGUGACGGCCAUCCGGACGCGCAUGAUUGGGCGGGCCGAGGAGGACGCGGCGACGGGCAGCGCGGCGUGCACGCUGGCGAGCUACCUGACGCUCACAGCGGGCGCCAAGGGCCAGCGGCUGCUGCGGUACAACCUGACGCAGGGCGUGGAGAUGGGCCGGCGCAGCGACAUUCUGGUGGAGGUGCAGGCCGCGACGGACGGCCGCAUCGAGGGCGUCUUCCUCGGCGGCAGCGCGGUGGAAGUGUCGCGGGGGACGAUUCGCGUGUAG